CAAGCUGAUAGCCCCCCGCGACGCAUUACGCACAACGUACAGCUGGAGACGCCGAGGCGCGCUCGCUUUGAUUUCGGCGCCUGCGCCGGCGCGGGGAGAGAUUGGCUGAGGCCGCGGGACUGGGCCGUGAGCGCGUCACUUCCUGCCGCUGCCAGGUGCGUCCUCCCGGGUGCUAUGACCGACAAUGCAGAGCCGCCGGGGCGGCGGCCCGGAGUCGGAGUCGGAGUCGUGGUGACCAGCUGCAAACAUCCGCGUUGCGUCCUCCUGGGGAAGAGGAAAGGCUUGGUUGGAGCCGGUAGUUUCCAACUCCCUGGAGGUCAUCUGGAAUUCGGUGAGACCUGGGAAGAAUGUGCUCAAAGGGAAACCUGGGAAGAAGCAGCUCUUCACCUGAAAAAUGUUCGCUUUGCCUCAGUUGUGAAUUCUUUCAUUGAGAAGGAGAAAUACCAUUAUGUUACUAUAUUAAUGAAAGGAGAAGUGGAUGUGACUCAUGAUUCAGAACCAAAGAAUGUAGAACCUGAAAAAAAUGAAAGUUGGGAGUGGGUUCCUUGGGAAGAAUUUCCUCCUCUGGACCAGCUUUUCUGGGGACUGCGUUGUUUAAAAGAACAAGGCUAUGAUCCAUUUAAAGAAGAUCUGAACCAUCUGGUGGGAUACAAAGGAAAUCAUCUCUAGGUGGCCGAGAAGAUUUCUUGAUUUUCUUUAAAAACACAGGAAUAAGGUCUGGUUAGGCAAUGAAAAAUGUCUACAUUGCAGAACAACUCAUUUUAUCUAAAAAAGAUCUUACGAUCGCCAAUUUAUUUGCAAUCUCUUAAUGUAUCUACCACCCUUUCAGCCAGUACUUGAGAAAAUUUUUCUGAAAUAUGUCAUUGAAUUGUAUUCCAGACACAGAAUAUAUGAUAAAUACUGAUAUUAUGGGUAAUCUGCUUUCCAUAUUUACCUAUGAUAUUUACUGUGCAGUUUGUCAUUACUAGCUUGCAUGGAGUAGAAUGCAGUCGAAUUUGCCUUAGUGUUUCUGUUCAAAUAGAGACCUGAAUUCAAAUAUUGUAGUUUAGGUUCAAAUACAGUAUGCCUGUUGCAAAAUUUACCAAAUUUGUUGAUUACCUCUUUUAUUAAAGACAUGUUGGGGAGAGGAUAAUAAAUAUAUUGUGACAAUCUUUGCAACUUACAGGGAAUAGGACAGGUCAUUAGGGUGUAUUUCCCAGGUUUCCAAUUGAGAACCUAAACCAAGAGAAGUGAGACAAACCAUCUAAUGUCUGUAUCCUCCUAUUAACAGGCUGUAUGAUGUUGAGUUUCUCACUUACUCUCUCUGAGGUCCAGGGUCCUUAUAUGUAAAAUGAAGAGAUUCGUCUAGAGCAGUGGUUCUUAAAGUGUGGUCGGGGGGGCCUCAAGAGCCUUUCAAGGGUAUUCUAGGUCAAAGCUGUUUUUAUAACACUUAUCAUUUCGUUAUUUAUAGUUUUUCCUUUAUUUUUUAUUUGAGAAGGAGUCUUGGUCUGUUGCAGUGGCACGAUCUCAGCUCAUUGCAGCCUCCGCUUCCUGGGUUCAAGCAAUUCUCCUACCUCAGCUUCCUGAGUAGCUGGGAUUACAGGCACCCACUACCACACCUGGCUAAUUUUUGUAUUUU